AUGCCUGUUAAACAGCUAACUAAUCUGGCUUCUUUCGAAAAUGAGCUUAAGUCGGCGCACACAAAAAAUAAAUUGCUAGUUGUAGACUAUUUUGCAAAUUGGUGUGGACCCUGCUUACGAGCCGCUCCUAUUUUUGAGUCACUUUCAGACAAAUAUGCGUCAUCAAACGUCAUAUUUGCCAGGGUUGAUACUGAUUUAUCACCAGAUAUAUCAAGUAAACAUAAUAUAAGUCGAUUGCCAACUUUUAAAUGCUUUGAAAAUAUGAGCUGUGUAUGGACUGUCACAGGUAGGUUAUGGCUUGAUCUGAAUGAGGUCACAAGACUUAUUGAUGAAUCAAUAGUGGAAGAUUCUGUAAGAGAAAUAAAUACGUGCCAAGAUUCUAAUGCGCGUUUGAGAGCUUUAGCGGCAUUGAAACGAAUAGCCGGAAAUAUUAUUGAACAUCCUUUGGAAAAAAAGUAUCGUUCAAUAAACUUGAGCAACAAGCUCUUUGAGUCAACUCUUCUUGUUGUCCCUGGGGCAAUGCAGUUUUUAUUCUCUAUGGGGUUUACGGUACUUUAUAGCUUCUCCAAUUUUGAAAACCUUGACCUUAUUUUUAUAAAGUUUAAUUGA